AUGACGAUCUGUACUUAUAACACACGUACGCUUGCAUCGGAAGCGGCCAUCGAAGAUCUGAUUAUGCAAGCCAAGAAGACCAAGUACGACGUCAUCGGACUGACCGAGACCAGACGACGUCACCCACUGAACGCCGUAUAUGACACUGGAGAAGAAAUGUUCUUACGAACGUGCAACAGCAUGGGAGUUGGUGGAGUUGGCGUCCUCGUCAACACGAGUAUGGCAAAGAACAUCGACUCUUUCGAACAACUUACGAUCCGAAUCGGACGUCUGCGGAUGAGAAGAUGUGGUCCAACACCAGCUUUGACUAUCUUCGUCGCUUACGCUCCAACAUCAAGCUACGAAGAAUAG